AUGGAAAGUGGUGUGUUUCACUUAAAACAUGAAGCACCGCCUCCUCUACUGUCAGAGAGGGUAAGCAAGGCUCUUGCUGAAUGCGCCUCACUGCUAAGGAAGCAUUAUAUUCUUCCUCCAGAUACCUUCUUAGCAAAGGGCUCUGCUACUCUGGACAAAUUGAAGGACCUCUGUAACGAAGGGAAAGAACAUCCUUCGGCGCUUUUGCAGCUCUAUACACAGGCUGUCUUAGACAUUACAUAUUUUGAGGAAAACCAGCUUGUGGAUGAAGAUUUUCCAGAAGAAUCUUCCUUGCAAAAAGUUAAAGAACUUACUUGUAUUCUUUCAGAACCAGAAGACCUAGUGAGGGAAUGCAAUGUAAAUGAAGAACCCAUCAACAUCCUUGGUGCAGAGUUGUUAGAAUGUCUUUACUGGAGAAAAGGAGCCCUGCUUUACAUGUAUUGUCAUACAGCAAAAGAAAGGACUGAAUGGCUACAAGAAAACAUUGCCAUAUUUAAAAAGUGUCUUAAUGAUGGAGUUCAUUACUUGAUGAAGAUGCUUAGCUUUAGAUGCCCUCUUCAGCUAAAUGAAGAUGUCUCACUUCAAGAUAAAGACACAGCUAGAUUACUCAGUGAAGGUGUAUUUAGUGACACUCACUUACUGGCGAUGAUGUACAGUGGAGAAAUGUGCUACUGGGGACUGCGACACUGUGGAGAAGGGAAGCAGGAAAGCCUCGAGACGACAGAUUCCGCCUCUAAACGUGACCUGGGCCGCAGAUCACAGAGCGUGUUGCUGGAUUUCCGAGAAGUGGGCAAAACCAUGUUAACGAAGUAUGUGGCUGUAUGCGAGGGACCUUUAAAAGGCCAAGGGUGGAACACAACGACUGCAAAACAAAUGCUGCGUUACUUCGUGACAUCCCACAACUGAAAUACGCCGCUUUGGCUGUGCUGGAAGAAACCUUGUCCCCAUCAAGCAUGCUUAGGGAGGUGGUCUCUGCUUCAGUGUCUGACCGUUCUUCUUACCAAAAUGUAUGCUUUUGUUGCAUUAAAAACGUGCAUUGAAAGAACUCCUGGAAUACAGGUCCGAAGCCUAAUCAAGUAUUUCUAGU